AAAAAUAUCAGUAACGACCAUUUCAUUUGUGGAAAUUCAAAGAAAAGUCUUCAAAGAUUUGGAGAGUUCAAAGAACGAAGUGAAUUAAAUUCGCUUGGAGAAGUUUUAGGACAACUUGAGCAAUCAAUUUCAUGGAAGCUGCUAUCCUCCAUUUUGUUUCGCUUUUUUGACUGAUUGAAAGAAAGCCAGAAAUCGCUGGGGUUUCUGUAUGGUUGUCUAAAGUUUCGUUUCACCGCUUCUUUAGAUUAAAAUGUCUAUGUCAAUGCCAUUCCCAGCCACUUCUCCGCCUAAUAGUGGAGUUUUGAGUCCAAGCUUUAGUGGAUUCGUGAUGGUUUCAACACAUAACGACAUCGAUGAGAAGAUGGUUGAGAAACAAUUUUCCAUCGCCAAGGAGUCGCCCCUCAGCAGGAUUGAAGCACUGACGAAAGAAAAUGAAGAAUUGAAAGGCAUAUUAAAGCAAAACAACGGCCUUGUUCAGCAAUACUUACAAGAAUUGUCAAGAAUGCAACAAGAUCAGAGGCAAGCAAGUGACACCAUCAAGCGAGAACAUUCCAAAGCCAAGGAAGUUGUCCAUAAGCUUAAAGAGAAAAAUCAGAAUUUGAAGAAGGAGUUAGAGGAGGCUAACACCUUGAAAAAAGAGAUGGAGAAAACAAUGUCUGGAGAUAAUGCAGCUCUGACUGUUAAAGCUGAGGCGCUUCUUGCAGAGAACAGACUGCUCCAGUCGCACAUUUCCUCCUUGCAGAAACAUAUCACUUGCUUUGAUGAACAGUUCCGGAACUAUGAGAAUGUGGAAUUCUCCGAAAGCUGGAAAAGCUUGCUUGAGUCCAUGGUGUCAUCCAGUCUGAGCAAAGUUCCUCCAACACAAGCAGCAGACAAAACCACAUCCAGUCUGGAAGAUAGCAGAAAUCUAGCUCUGAAAGGUGAUUUAGAGAAAAUAAGAGAUGCAAACAAGAAAUUAGAUGAACAGCUAGAGAGGUUGAAAGAAGAAGGCAGGACCUGUGAAAUGGGCGAGGUCACCUUUGAAGUUGUGGCUCUCAAUGAAGAAAGAGAUAAGCUCCAAAAGAGUGCUGAAUGCUUGAAGGAAGAGAAACAAGAGCUGUGUAAGCUUUUAUCAGAAUCUCAAGAAAAUGAAGUUAGAUUGAACCAGGAGAAACAGUUGACAGAUGCAACUAUUAAAAAGCUGGAAGAAAUGAUUGCAAAGCUUCAAAAGGAAAAGCGAGAAGAGCAAACUCUUGUAAUGGAUGGAAAAGGUUUCAAACAGGACAUUGAACGAAUGAAAAAUGAACUUGAAACCGAGAGGAAAAGAACAAGCCAGCUUGUGGAGGAAAGGGAUGAGAUGGCAAGGGAGCUAGAUAAUGCCAAGAAGGAACUACAGUAUCAUAAGCAAACCACUGAGGAGUGUGCAACUGCUGAUGACGAUGAUUAUGCCAUGCUGAAACUAAAAUUGAAGAGUACAAAGGAUGAGCUGUUUACUUAUCAAAAGAGAAGGAAUGAAUACGAGGAGAAGUUGAAUGCUCUGUUAGAGAAAGAAAAAAUAGUUGAAAUGACCACACUCCAACUUGAGGAUGAAAAGGAGAAGAUAAAAAAUGAGCUGGAAGAAACAAAAGAGCUGAUGCAGGCUGAGUUAGAGUCUCAAGCAGAGACCUACACAGAGCAGACUCGUAAAAUGCACUCAGAGCUGCAGGAAGGCCGUGCACGCGAAGGGAGUCUAAGAGACCAAGUGUGUCAGCUCAUCCAGGAAAAUGAAUUACUGGAAGUCAAGUGCAACAGGCUAGAGCUGGAAAAUGCUGAGAGGAAUCAGGUGAUGGAAGACCAAGUUGCCACAUUAACAGAUCAUUCAGAGAUCCAACUAAACAAUGCUAAAGAGGAAAUUGGAAAGGUGAAAUCAGAAUUGGCAAACUGCAAAGAAAAGUGUAAACGUGCUGAGCAACAGUUCAAUCUCCUAAAAGAGGAGCAUGAUACUACGCUGACUCAGCACACACAGCUUAUGAAUGAAUAUGAGGAACUAAUGAGGUCAUUCCAGAAUGUCAUUGAUAACAACACGAGAAGGGAUAAAAGUGCGUCCAGUGAACGCAAUAGCUACAAAGCCCAGUUAGAGCAGAAAACUGCUCAGCUUUUCGCAGCAGAGGAAGCCAUACAGAAGCGUGAAAGCCAACUGCGAUAUCUUGAUGAAACUCUAACGAAGGCGCAGGAACAAGCGGACAGAGUGCCAAUGCUAGAACAGCAGGUAAAGGCGUAUCAGGAGGAUUUCAAUGCCGAACGCGAAGCGCGGGAAGCAAAAAACACAGAGCUCCUCAGCCUUCGUGAGAGAGUUGAUCACCUGCAAUUCGAGAACCAGGAACUACGUGCCGAAUUGGAUAACGUCAACCAAGAACAGAUGGCUGAAAUGCAACGUCGCCAUGGUAGUCAUGUACCCGUAACCACGGCAACGGGCUAUCCCCCUCAAUACGUCACAGGAAACCCACAGAGCUGGUACCCAGGUGCAGAAGCACAAGGAGGAUUCUUCCGACGGGGUGGAGAACCAGCCCCCCCGGAUCAGGGACCUGGUGCACCAAGAGCAGAGGUGCACCCCCCUGAAGGCCCGGAUGAGCCUUGGAUGUGUCCCGGAUGCCGUCUGAUUGUGGAGAGCUUUGAUCAAUUGCAGAUUCACUGCGCAAGGUGUGGCCCAGCGAACGGGGAAGGAGCUGCCCAACCAGGCCCGGACCACUCCCAGCAUGGGUGUUGUCCAAAGUGUGGUGAUCACUUCCCUGAUCUCGACACGCUCGGAAUCCAUGUCAACGAGUGCCUGGAUCGCGACUAGAUCGCCUAGCGGGACACGUAGCAUCAUGCUCGGGUACCCAGCGGUCUUAGCACGGGAAUUAGGAUACUUUGUCAGCGAUUUCUUAAGAAAAUAACCCAAAAUGCAUUCCCAAUUCUCUGAAUAUUGUAUUCAGCGAAUAAAAUAUCUCUAACCUUUGUGCGAAAUGUCUCCUGCCUCCCGAUUCAGCAAAAUCUUUUUUCUUUAUAUUUCUAUUUCUCUUUCUCUAAAAACCCACGCGAUCGUUGUUUUCAACUCUCGAAACAUAUUUGAACAGUACUGAGUAACCAUUGCCUCUUGAGUGUUCGUGACUAGCCCGAACGCUCUCCGAACCUAACUUCGUAUUUAGGUUCUAUUUCAUAUAGGUUCUAUUUCAUAUUCGCUAAAUAAUAUUCAAUACAAAUUGAAUAUUUUUGGUUAUUUUAUUAAGAAAUCGUUGACAAAGUAUCCUAAUUCCCGUGGUCUUAGCGGGCAAAGGUCUCUAUAUCGCAGUUCUUUCCGGCGUGACUUUCGCGGCCGAAAAAAGAAAGCGCUUGGGUCCACGAGCAUAAUGUCUUAUUAGAAAAACUGUAAGACGUGGAGACUUUCGCGAUACUCUAAUUUUACCGCUCUCGCGCUGGAUUUCUUUUGCGGAAGAAAAAGAAUAAUUCUCCCGUAUCCUCCGAGACAAACGCACAUAGACACACCCUACCUCAUAUAUUCAAAACUUCUUCAAGAGAUUGAAAGUCUUAAAAAAAAACCGUGAAAAGUAAAUGAAAAUUGCUGCAAACGUUAAACCAGUCAAGCUCGCGAAAAAGCGACUUGACAGUUUGCGAAAUUAUCCACGCUUACAGUGGCCAUAUUUAAAAUACAUUUAUCUAAUUAGGCUUGCACAAAACUGCAAAUAAGGUAAAGUUAAGAGUUCUGUAGACGGGUCCCUAGAUAUUGAUAGGUCGACAUCGGUUAACGACCAACCAUUGCUUAGAAUUCUAGCUAAUUUUGUUUGAAAUUGUUCAGGAUUAAGCGCCAGGCCGAUAGCGCUAUCGGUCACGUUGUCAUGCUAAAAUCAGCUUUUGUUUUACUGCGCGGCUAUUGCGCCGUCGCAGUGUACUCGUGCGCUUUUUUGGGGGUAAGUCUAUUCAGUCAUUUUACAGUUAACACUUGGCUAAACAGGGCGACAUCUUGAGCGCGCGUUAGACAUGUCUCCUAAAUGUUUAGCCACUACCAAGAACAUGUAGUGCGCGACACAAAAAUAUUUCUCAACAAUCCGAGAAAUAUUUCUUUGUCGCUGCUACAGGAUUAGGCGCGCGCUACAAUGUUUUCGAGGUGGCUAAACUAGGAGACAUGUCGCAAUCUACAUAUCUCCUAGAUUAGCCAGGCCUUUACGGUCACGGUUAUCACGUGCACUUCGCGGCUACUGCGCAUGCUUCACUGCUGCUUUCGAGUACAAUGUGCCAUCUUUGAUAACGAAGACGGUUGUUUUAGUCUGUUGAUCAAAGUGUUUUGAAGAAGCAUAGGGGUAUAUUGUCUUUUAAAACUCUGGAGCUGAUUCUUAUGACGAACUAUUACCAAACAUUUCAGUAACUAAAUCUUUGAAUCACAGUAACUAAAUCUUUGAAUCACUGUAAAUCUAAUCCGCGCUACAGUAAAAACGGAUCCAUUCUUUCCAAAGCAUGAAAAAGUCUAUGGAUAAUUAUUAUUUUCCAAAAUGAUAUUUCAAAAAAGUAUCUCAAUGUUCAAGUCGGCUCCAGAGUCAUUUGUUGCAAAUAACGGUUUCUGUAACUGGUUUAUUAAAUAGUUUAUAAUUUCCAGCAAUUUUAAUGUUAAUGAUAAAAAAAAAACUAUGGAAUUUAUAAAAGAAUUCUUUUUAUAUUAUAGAAAGUUUCCUAAAAAUGAGUAACCACGAAAGGAAGAUAGCGUACGAGAAACGCUGUUUUCUCUCUUCCCCAUAACUUUAAAAUGUGGUUUCAUAAGAAUGAAACAGAAGUUGUAUUGCUGCUUAAAAGUAAUUCUAACCCUUAAUGUAAUACAAUUUGCCGCUUAUAGUCCCAGUCAAUUUACGUCAAAAAGGGGCCAACAACACAAGAUUUUGUAACGGGUUCUUGCACAGAAAGUAUCCCUCUAUAACAUACUAAAAGUCUAAAAAAAAUCGGAGCACGCAAACACCCCGAAAAACGGGAUCGAAUUUCCCCAUACAAGGCUUGUAUGAAAAACCACAGGGUUCCCAAAUCAU